AUCGAUCCAUAUCGAUCCAUUCGGAAUCUCCCUCCACGUGGAUCCCUGGUCCGUGUGACAUGGAUAUCGCCUGCUUUGCCUUCGAGGCAAUCCACAAGGGACAUGUGCGGGUCCUUGCCUUUCCUCCUUGACCUCAUCUCAUUCGCCUCUCCGACUUCUCCUGUCAUCCACUUCCGCCUCCACUUCCCACCUCCAACUUCCGCCUCGAGCAGCCUUCGCCCCGCCGCCGGUCAUGUCGUUCUCAGCCGAAACGGUGGCGUCAGCAUCCCCUGCUGUUCAAGCAAGCCUCACUCGUUUUGACCUGUUCACUAUCCUCAUCACAAACGAAACGUUCAUCCGCAGUGCCGGCCCAUCCUUGUUUGCAAAGCUCCUCAGAGUCUCAAAGCGGACUCGAGCCAUCCUCAAUACCAGCAAGACGUGGGAGGUGUGCCUGUCCCCCGAUUUGCAAAUCACGACCGAGUUUCUGUUUGACGGCGUCCAUCCCUCCAUCAACCGCCUGAAUGUGCUGCGUGGGCUUUACUGCUAUGUACUUCGCCGAAAUCAGCAACAGUCAACCAGCGCACUCAUGUCGGAGAAGGAGAGUGGGCUCUGGCACGAAGUCUAUCGCGAUGCCAUGCUCUACAACCGAGUUCGGCGCUACUGCCAAGUAACAGACCCAGCAUUCCGCUUCCCUGACAAUCGAACGGCAAGCCCAUACGAGUGGCUCUCAGUCGAAGAAACAAUCAAGGUUGCCGAAGAUGAAGAUUUCGACAUAGGGUCGCCAAUACAGGUCCGCUCUGGGCUCUACGAAGUGACGAUCCGACCCAGCGAGGCCCCGGACACAGGCGCCUGCCUGUCCAGGCUCCUGCCCUUUGAUAUCCCAGAGAUCGACAGCGCGAGCAGCACGUCGCUGAGAAUCGAAAACAUGUCGUUUAUGAAAGUGUCCGGAUGGCCCAAGGUGCUGCCUUCGAUUCGGUAUCUGACCAUCACCAGGGACGAUCCGUACCUGAACUCACGAGUCGACGAUGUGCUCACCAGCUUGAUAGGCAUGCCAUAUGUGCUGCCCUCGCUUACAUGGCUCUCCAUAUACAGCCACUCGGACUUGAAAUCACUCAGGGGGAUGCCUGAGAUGCCCAAUGUGGAGACGCUCUUGAUCACCGGCAGCAUCAAGAGCCUGGAAGGAAUGCCCAAGGAGCUACCCUCGCUUACCAAGCUUGACCUGGCACGAUGUACCUUGACGUCGCUCAGGGGAAUGCCUGAGAUGCCCAAAUUGGUGAAGCUCUCGAUUGUUGGUCAGUUUGAGAACCUGAAAGACAUGCCGAAGGCAUUGCCCUCGCUGGUGGAAUUCAAUUUAACCAUGUACGGAAGACUCACGUCGCUUGAAGGAAUGCCCGAGAUGCCCAAGCUGGUCGAAUUCAAUAUACCCGAAAGCGUUGAGGAUCUUGUGGAUGUCCCUAAGGAGCUCUCCUCCCUCACCAAGCUCACGAUCUGCUCGCGCAGACCAACCAACAUCAUACACCAGCUCCCAAGAACUCCAAAGCUUCGCCACCUUGUCAUAACCAACCUCUAUGUGAAGCUGGUCGAUCUCUGUGUCAACCAAAGCUCAUUGAAGAUCCUUGAUCUGACAGUGUGCUAUCAAUUGAAGUCGUUGGAUGGGCUUCCAUCGUAUCCCUGUCUGGAGAUUCUCUAUGCCCCUCGAUCAGUACGAAAGAUCAGUAAACUGGCCGAGAAGCUCCCUUCUCUCAAGUCCUUGUAUUUGGAAUCAAAGUAUCCCCAAAGUACCGAUCGAAUGUCAUGGAUUGCUGGAAAGUAUCAGAAGAUGUGCGACCGCAUCAACCAUCGGUGGAAGAUACGCUGGGCGUCAAACCUUCCGCAGGGCUGUCGGAUCAGCUAUUACCAGUUCAAGUUCGUUUACGACUACCACCCACGUUGAUUGCUUGUGGUGGUGCUAUGUGUGCCAAAGCCGACCUUAAAGCGAUAUCCCUGCUUCCAGCGAUUGCUACUUCUGUUCUGGCUGCGUUUCUCCGCCAAAGUUCAUUUGCUGAUUUCGUUUCUUGAAU